AAUCGCCGCGAGGAUCGUCCGGAACGAUCGGCACCCGCGGUUUCGGCCCGUCGCCGCCGUCGUUUCGCCUUUUCGCGAGCGGGGACUACUUUCUCGUCGCGUGCCACGCGCCGGACGCCACCGCGCACGCGCCGGCCGAUGCGCGCGCGCCACCUGGCACCGCCACGGGCAAUCGCAUUGGUUGCGCGCCGCGGAUCGCGUCCAUUGCGCAAGAUUGACCGUUGGUGGGUUUUUCGACGUUCCGCAGCGUUUGAAAUAAGUGCGUCCGUCGCUUCUCCUGAGGGUUUCACGGACUGCGAUGUGUCCUGUACGGAGCGCAAAUCUUACGGCGCACCGUUGCCCGAUGCGGUUCAUCCAGAAAGGUAAAAUUGUAAUAUAGGGAAAUUGCAACUUAAAAUCGGACCUGUCGUCCGUGCACUCGCGGGAAAGAAGGAAGCGACGCUCGUACGUGGCAGGACUCGACGGGGCGGAAGGACGAGGAGGAGGAGAAGGAACCGGUUGCCAGCUCUCGUGCAGUCAGGAAGAACCAGGCGAGGGUGAGAGGCCGAUAUUACGCAAUCGCGUGCGGGCCACAAGCCGCGGGUUGCACGACGGAAGGCGGUUGUCGCUUGGACAGCAACACGCACGUUUACGCAGGCAAUAUUAAUGGAGAUAUGCGCACAAUGACUUUAAUAUUUAUAAUAUCUGUAGUACAAUUGAAACCACUGUCGUUGUGUGCGUCUGUGUAAAAUUAUGCAACGCAAACUUUUGGGGCCGAGAGAUUGAAAAUUCAGCAAACUGCUAAAAGUCGGUUUUAAUUGACAGAAAGUGCAUUUAGGGCGAUUGCAUUCGAAAAUUUUCAGACUAAUCGAAUACUUUUGAAAAUGUUUAUGCAUCCGUAUUUUAUAAAUUAGCUUCGAGACACUUUUAGUUGCACUUACAAGAAAGACGUAACGUGCAGGAGAAAUUAAAAAAACUUUCAUUUAAUUACUUCGAAUGCGGACAGUUGAUUCAAGAAAAAUCUAAAGACGCAAACGUUUCUUACGAGUCCCUUCUCCCACUGAUUAUCCUAAUAACACGUGACCGAAUUACACCGCUAUUGCAUAACGUAAUAACUUUAAUUGUAAUCAGGGAUCUCUUUACUGCCGCGCUAAUUACGGUAAUAUACAGCUAUUAUUCGUUCUUGUAAUCUUAAGUGUGGUAGACUUUUAAUUACGCCUGAGACGGCACACAGAUAUUGGUCAGAGCGUUCCACCGCGAAUUGUGUAACGUUAGCGAUUGCCACGUAACACCCGCGACUUACCGAUAUUCACGCACGAAUCUUAAAUAAUAAGCGAACGAAAUCACUUAUGGAGGACGGAAUGAAGAACGCGAGCCCGGAAACGCUUUCUUCCCAAGUUGCGGCCACUUUUUGUUUCCCGUAGAGUUUAUCCUGUCAAAGUUAUGAAUACUUAUUUUCUCUCCGUUAAAAGCAAGCAACAACAAUACUCGCGAUCGCGGACAGGAUCUUACCUCGGAGAGAAUCAGCGUGGGCCGUUAUCAGUCUGUUCAGUUUGAAAGUUAAAAUAAUGUUCGUCGAGAUGGAAAUUUUAUUGUCUCGUCGGAUGGGCAAGUAUCCGCGGUAUCUUGUACAACGAUGACUCUAAGAUAAUCGCGGCAUCGCAAUUAAAAAUUGCAAGUUGUAUUUUACUCGAUAUAAGGCAGAACGAAAAUUGCCGAUCUGGGCGAUCUAUUUAUUAGAGUCGAGGAAGAUCACUUAUUCUAUAUAUUUCGCCAGAUUUUUAUUAAAGGUCUUUAUCCUGUCAAA